CUGUGUUUCUGCCUCACCUUCAGAGCUUUGUUGGACGCGCAGCCCGGUGUGUUCGGACAGACCUGACGCCGCUGGGCCUUUUGUCAGCGCACAAACAAGAUGACACGGAGGACGACAGCUGAUGGCGCGCUUAUCGAGACAUAAACAAACAUCAAAGGGUGUUCCCACCAAUUGGGCUGUUUCAAAAUAAAGAGAAGCGUCGAUGCGAGUCCUCCCCAUCAUCAUCGUCAUCAUCGUCGCGCGGACGUCGUUUCUAAAAUGAUGUCAGGAAAGCAUUUCAAGGCUCAGGAAGUGAGCUGCUGCAUCAAGUAUUUCAUUUUCGGAUUCAACAUCAUUUUCUGGUUCCUCGGAGUGACGUUUCUUGGCAUCGGGCUGUGGGCAUGGAGUGAAAAGGGUGUUCUCUCCAACAUCUCGUCCAUCACUGACCUGGGGGGUUUUGACCCCGUGUGGCUCUUCCUGGUGGUGGGCGGUGUCAUGUUCAUCCUCGGUUUUGCUGGUUGCAUCGGAGCGCUACGAGAGAACUCUUUCCUGCUGAAGUUUUUCUCCGUGUUCCUGGGGAUUAUUUUCUUCCUGGAGCUGACCGCAGGAGUUCUAGCGUUUGUGUUCAAGGACUGGAUCAAGGAUCAGCUCAACUUUUUCAUUAACAACAACAUUCGGGCCUACAGAGACGACAUCGAUCUGCAAAACCUGAUAGACUUCACCCAGGAAUAUUGGGAGUGCUGCGGCGCUUUCGGAGCGGACGACUGGAAUUUGAACAUCUACUUCAACUGCACCGAUUCAAACCCAAGUCGUGAGAAAUGUGGCGUGCCCUUUUCCUGCUGCACCAAAGAUCCAGCAGAGGACGUUAUUAACACUCAGUGUGGAUACGACAUCCGAGCAAAAACGGAUGCCGAGCAGAGAACCUACAUCUACAUAAAAGGCUGCGUCCCUCAGUUUGAGAAGUGGCUUCAAGACAACCUGACCGUGGUGGCCGGCAUCUUUAUUGGAAUAGCAUUAUUGCAGAUCUUUGGCAUCUGUUUAGCUCAAAAUCUUGUGAGUGACAUUGAGGCUGUGAGAGAAAGUUGUUUGUUUUCCUAAGGCCUACACAGAGAUUUUAAAGGCAAGCGUGUAUCAGGACUCCAGCAGCUUAAGGAAGAUUUAUCAGAUCAGUAGAGUUUCCAGCAUCUCAUCCAUAUGUAAAUAGUAAAUUAAGAACUGAGUUCAGAGUUAUUCAAGGGAAAUGUGACCUUUGAAAAAUGGUGUACCUUCGAUGCAGCAUAAACACAUUCAUCUCAGUGCAGCAAGUCUGACACUAAAGGAGGAACUGAGGAGGGGAAUGACUCGUGCAGAGGAGAAACAAAGUGAGAAUGAAGGUUUUCUCUGAGGCAGUGUUUCAUUUUUUUUAAUGGAAUUUCAUUUUUAGAAGUUAGAAGAGUUGAAGUUCUGGAAAUGCACUGCACGCCUUUGGUCCGCUGUAGGACAUCGGCUCGCCUAAAGGUUUCCGAUUCAGUAUUUCGAGAUGUUAAACAGUUUCCUGUCAGCUGGAUAGUAAGCACUUUGUUAAAUGAAGAGUCCCUGAAGGAAUGCAUAUCGCUCGCCACCUUGCRUKCCAGAGUUUUAACAACAAGAUCUUGUUCAAUGCUCAGAGUGUUKGGGACGUCUCUCGGCUAAGGUAGAUUAACUGUGACUGCCAUCUUGAUUCGGGUUGACCCCAAAAGUUAAUAAUUUGUAGAUGUCCAUACGUUAAUUACUUUAUGGGAGUUUUAUUAAAUUCAGCCCAGUGGUUCGUGAGACAUACAAACGGGAGAUUACAUGAUUACUUGGCCUUCAUGGUGGUGAGCGAUGUUAUUUUAUGAAAUCUUCUCAAAGCUACUGAGACUUCAGUGUAGACUGAAUUGUGAGAAGAUCCCACUCGUACAGAUACAGAACUCAUGAGAAGACUUUACCAGGGCCGAGACACGAUGGAUGUGUUCAACUUUGUAAAGUCAGUUUGCAAUGAGGUCAAAAAAAAAAAAAAGAAAUCAGCCUGAUGCACUUUAAUCUUAAUAGAAGUGAUGAAGCUCCUUCCUGCCCAUGAAAGACUGUUUUUUUUUCUUCUUUCAUUUAUUUUAACAGAAAUCACUGAAGGGAGCACUUCUCAUUAAAAAAAAAAAAAAAACUUAUUGACCCUAAAAAAAGCUUAGCAGAAAAAAGUCUUUCAGCAUGUUUAGAAUGCGGUGCUGUGUGUUUUGCACAUUUUGUCCAAAGUGUUCUUUUCAUCCCUUUAAUUUAACUUAGACAUGUUUUCUUUUGAUUAUUCCUGCUUGCGAUUAGACACCUUAGGUUCGACAUUUUUUGGCUGUUGCUCAUCUGUAAAAGUUUUCCACUCAGUUUUUCCAAGAGUCAAACCUACCUGCUGAUUCCUUUUAGUGACCCUUAACUCGGUGUGGAUCUGAUUGACAGUUCACUGACAGGCAAACCCUCUGCUUCUCUGAUGGACUGAAUCUGAACAUCCUCAGACAGGCCUUUGUCCUCUUUACAGAAUCAGACAUAGCGUCACACCUAGCCAUCUGUUUUCUCCAUUACCAGCUUCUGAUUGUCAGUGUUUGCUGAUCACACACUUUUCUCUCCACCUAGUGCCAUAUUAGUGAGUUCUACACACCUGACUGUAACUAUGCUUUAUUUGUGCUUCUAAUUCUUGUAAAUAAUGACAGUCAAAAUAAAAUGUAAGUGCACCUUCUUUCACGUCUGUUUUACCACAAAUUUAAAAAAAUUCAUAAAUAAAAAACAAGAACUACU